GCAACACUGUUCAGUCAGUUGAGACUCCAUUCAGAGAGGACAGAACAGAGCAGAAGGAGGAAACUGAAGGCUGAGGCAGGCUGAGUGGCUGACUUCAGAUCAGAAGAUGAGUGAUUUGGAGGAAGAGGACGGAGCAGAGUCUGGAGUAUCUGGCUGUCUGUCUAUGAAGAGUGACCAGUCCAUAGAGCAGCCUCUGACCUUCAGUAAUGAACCUGGACCCUCAGACACAAAAAAGAGGAAGAGGAGUGAUGUUUCUGAGGAGGAGCAGCCGUCCAGAUCCAGAACCAGAACUGGACUGCAGACAGACAAUCAGAGCAGCUCUGAUCAAAUGAAUGUUCGUUGUCAGAAACAUAAGAUCAGGCUGAAGGAGACAUUUGAACGUGUGACUGAAGGAGCUGAAACAGGAAGUAGAACCCUCCUCAACAGGAUCUACACUCUCCUCUACCUCAUAGAGGGACAGAGUGAAGAGGUUAAUACCCAACAUGAGGUGAGGCAGCUCGAGACAGCUUCCAAGAAGAAGACCCUCCAUGACUCUCCAAUCAAGUGCUGUGACAUCUUUAAAGCCUCACCUGACCAACAGAAACACAUCAGAGUGGUUCUGACGAGCGGCGUCGCUGGCGUUGGAAAAACCUUCUCAGUGCAGAAGUUCUGUCUGGACUGGGCCGAGGGUUUGGAGAACCAAGAUAUCAGUCUGGUGAUUCCUCUUUCCUUCAGGGAGCUGAACUUGAUCAGAGAUGAGCAGUACAGUCUUCUGGAGCUGCUCCGUGUUUUCCAUCCAUCAUUACAGGAGGUCCCAGCAGAGCAGCUCGCUGGCUCUAAACUUCUCUUCAUCUUUGAUGGCCUGGAUGAAAGCAGACUUUACCUGGAUUUCAACAACAAUGAGGCUGUUUCUGAUGUCACACAGAAGUCCUCAGUCAACGUGCUGUUGACAAACCUCAUCCAGGGGAAGCUGCUUCCCUCGGCUCUCGUCUGGAUAACUUCCCGACCUGCAGCAGCCAAUCAGAUCCCUCCUGCGUGUGUUGACAGGGUAACAGAAGUACAAGGCUUCACUGAUGACCAGAAGGAGGAGUACUUCAGGAAGAGAGUCAGUGAUGAAGAGCUGUCCAGCAGAAUCAUCUCCCACAUCAAGACCUCCAGGAGCCUCCACAUCAUGUGUCUGAUCCCAGUCUUCUGCUGGAUCACUGCUACAGUUCUGGACCACAUGUUGACUACAGACCAGAGAGGAGAGCUGCCCAAGACCCUGACUGACAUGUACUCACACUUCCUGCUGGUUCAGACAAAGAGGAAGAAGCUCAAGUAUGCUGAGGGACAUGAGACGAGUCCACAGGAGUUGACGGAGGCUGACAGGGAAGUUCUUCUGAAGCUGGGGAGGCUGGCGUUUGAACAGCUGGAGAAAGGAAACCUCGUCUUCUACCAAGAAGACCUGGAGCGCUGUGGUCUGGAUGUCACAGAGGCCUCGGUGUACUCAGGAGUUUGUUCAGAGAUUUUCAAAAGAGAGAGUGUGAUCUUCCAGAAAACAGUCUACUGCUUCGUUCAUCUGAGUGUUCAGGAGUUUCUGGCUGCAGUCUACCUGUUCCACUGUUACACCAACAGGAACACACAGGUACUGGAGGACUUCCUGAGGAAGAGAGCUAUGGAUGAUGAUGAUGAUGAUGAUGAUGAUGAUGAUUGGGACAAUGACCAUUACCCAUCCCUGCAUGUCUUCCUGGAGACAGCCAUGGAGAAAUCCCUUGAGAGUAAAAAUGGCCACAUGGACCUGUUUGUGCGCUUCCUUCAUGGCCUCUCUCUGGAGUCCAACCAGAGACUCUUAGGAGGCCUGCUGGGUCAGACAGACAACAGUCCAGAAAUCAUCCAGAGAGCCAUCAACAACCUGAAGGAGAUGAACAAGUAUGGAAUCUCUCCUGACAGAAGCAUCAACAUCUUCCACUGUCUGACGGAGAUGAACGACCACUCAGUCUAUCAGGAGAUCCAAGAGUUCCUGAAGUCAGAGACCAGAUCAGAGAAUAGACUCUCUGAGAUCCACUGCUCAGCUCUGGCCUACAUGCUGCAGAUGUCAGAGGAGGUUCUGGAUCAGUUAGACCUGGACAAGUACAAUCCAUCCCGGGAGGGACGACGGAGAUUGAUUCCAGCUGUGAGGAACUGCAGAAAGGCUCGACUUUCUCACUGUUACCUCUCUGAGACUGACUAUGAAGUCGUGGCCUCAGCUCUGAAGUCCAACCCCUCCCAUCUGAGAGAGCUGUACCUGAGUGACAACAACCUGGAGGAUUCAAGAGUGGAGCGUCUGUGUGCUGGACUGCAGAGUCCAAACUGUAGACUGGAGACUCUCAGAUUGAGGAACUGCGGUUUGUCAGAGAUCAGCUGUGCAUCUCUGGCCUCAGCUCUGAAGUCUAACCCUUCCCAUCUGAGAGAGCUGGAGCUGAGUUACAACAAGCUGCAGGAUUCAGGAGUGAAGCUGCUGUGUGGUUUUCUGGAGAGUCCACACUGUAGACUGGAGACUCUGAGAUUGAGAAACUGCAGUUUGUCAGAGAUCAGCUGUGCUUCUCUGGCCUCAGCUCUGAAGUCCAACCCCUGCCAUCUGAGUGAGAUGGACCUGAGUGACAACGAGCUGCAGGAUUCAGGAUUGAAGCUGCUGUGUGGUUUUCUGGAGAGUCCACACUGUAGACUGGAGACUCUGAGGUUGGUGCACUGCAGUUUGUCAGAGAUCAGCUGUGCUUCUCUGGCCUCUGCUCUGAAGAUCAACCCCUCUCAUUUGAGAGAGCUGGAGCUGAGUUACAACAAGCUGCAGGAUUCAGGAGUGAAGCUGCUGUGUGCUUUCCUGGAGAGUCCACACUGUAGACUGGAGACUCUGGAAUGGAAGGAGUCUUAACCCAGAGUGAUCAGAAAGGAGGAUGUGUUGAGACCAGAUGUGGAGUCCUCCAUCAUCCCUGUGUGUUCCUCUGUGUUCUGCUCCAGACUUAAUCUCUACUGUCCAGCUCUAUCUCCACAGCACUGUGGAGUCAGGUCUGGCUACAAAACAGAUGCAUUCUGGGAUAGAAGAAACAAACUCUCUGGGUUGUUUGCAUUUCUUUAAACCAAUCACAACGGUCUUGGACGGCGCCAAAGAUUUUCUAAUAAGGAAAGAAGUUCCACUCUCUCGUUACUUCCGGCUUCUGAACUGGUUGCAGUUCCACUCUUGAUCCAUAUAGGGGGCGCUC